AUGGCGACUUUCGAGAACAACACAAUGGUUUGAGUACAGCACAACAUUCGGGUACUGACAAUGUACUGUAGUGUCAUUAUUUUAUAAAUACUCAAAAGACUAGUGUAGGUACGCAAGUGCACCGAUUGAAACACAUCGUGACUGGUUUUGGUGUCCCGUCUUCACUCCGCUACGAUGGCUCAAGCCCAUUUCGAUUUGAAUGCAGCCGAGUUCAGCUGUUCAAUAUGUUUGGAAGUGCUGAAGGACCCGGUCAGCAUCCCGUGCGGUCAUAGCUUCUGCCAGAGCUGCCUGACAAGCUACUGGGACAGUCAAAUGGUCUGCAGCUGUCCACACUGCAGAGCCACCGUCAGCCCCAGACCGACCCUGGGCAGGAACACCUUGCUGACAGAGAUGAUCCAAAGACUGGCGGCUGCACAGUUAAGUGAGGGUCCAUCUGCUCCUCCCCUCUACCAGGACCCGGCGUUCUCCAUGACCCAAGGCUUUGAGCAUCCCACUUUUGAUGUGUCCUCAGUCCAUGCAGGGAGGACCUUUGGGGAGAAACAUUUUGAAGAAAUGCGUAGAAACAUCGGCGAGCAAAUUAUGGAGAAAGAACGUGAGGUUCAGCAACUGAAACAAAACUUGAAGUCUUUCUCUCACCGCGCCAAGGAAGCAGUCAAGGACGCCAGCAGGAUCUUUGCGGAGCUGCAAAUGUUUUUGGAGCACCGUCGUGUGGAAGUGAAGGCGCUCAUCAGGGCUCAGGAGAAGGCGGAGUCGACUCGCUGCGAGAACCUGCUGCAUCGCCUGGAACGACAAAUCUGCCAGCUGAAGGAGCGAGACGCCGCGCUGCAAGGAUCGCAGGAUCAGCAUCUGAUCAAUACCUUUUGCAGUCCAGCAGCAGAAGAAUGUUCUCUGACACUCAAUCCACACGUCUCCUUUGGCGGCGUGAGGAGAUCCAUCUCCGACAUGAAGGAACACCUGCAGACUUUUUACCACGCACAGUUUACCAACAUCAGCGCCGCAGUAAAAAAUGUCAACAUGCUGCAGUCAGAGAAGUCAAACAAAGGACGUGUGACAGUGAAGAAUUCCUACAUUGCAAGCGUCGCCCCUUUGGACGACAGAAGUGAUCUGCUUCGAUAUUUCCAUCCUCUUUCCUGGGACCCUUUUACGGCGCACCAGGAGCUGUCGCUGACCGAAGGGAACCGUGCGGUGGGUCGGACAGGAGAUGUGCAGUCCUACCCGGUCCACCCCGAGCGCUUUGACGGCUGGGCUCAGGCGAUGUGCCGUGAAGGUCUGCAAGGACGCUGUUACUGGGAAGCUGACUGGGAUGGCCAGCAGGUGGCGCUGGGACUCGCCUACGAAAACAUCAAGAGAAAGGGGACGUCCAACGAAAGCAGGCUUGGACACAACAGUCUAUCGUGGAGUCUUCUCUGCGGUCUUUCCUCUUUCACCUUCACCCAUGGCGACGAUACGGUCAGCAUUCCCUCCGCCACAAUAUCGCACAAAAUCGGGGUCUUCCUGGACCACGACGCGGGAGUGCUGUGUUUCUACUCGGUGACACCUGCAGGAAUCAAGCUACUGCACCAAAUAAAGACCAACUUUGACCAGCCUCUGUACCCGGCUGUGUGGCUCGGCACCGGGGCCUCCGUUAACCUCACCUGUGUUGACUGACAUGGACAUAUAAGCUGAUAUCCCUCUAGUCUACAACAUAGCAUGUUACAUAUAUGUAUGCAUAUAUAUAUAUAUAUACACACGCAUGCGUUUAUAUUUAUAUAGUAUUACAUUCCUGUACAACAUGUUGCAUGCAUAUAGUAUAUUUCUGUACAACAUGGCAUCUUACAUUGUUACAAUAUAUGCAAGUAUGCUGAGGCUCCUUCUGUACGUAAUAUAACCUGUUAUAUAGCACACAUCACCUAAUUGUACAUUUGAUGUUAAUUGCUAGCUAUUUUAAAAUAGGAGAAAAUGUCUGAAUUCUUUUGUGCCUUUAUGUUGCUAUAUUUGAAGUAGUAAUAUUUAUUAGAAGACCUCAGCAUUAUGUCAAUUCAAAUUAAGUUUUUUUUUUUAACACUGCACUCUUGACUAAGGAUGUAACAGUACAUGUAUUCAUUUGCACACAUUUACAUAGGCCCAUUAAGUGUUUAUGGCAUCAUGAGUCUACCCGGUAAAUGAAUACAGAGCAGACUUUAGCCAGCUAUAGUGCCAAAGAAGUUGCAGCUUGAAAAGCCUCUUGUAAGUUUGGGUGAAAUACAAAGACUAGUGGAUAUUUUUGCUAAUUUGAUUAUUUUACAUAUCCAUAAAUAAUAUUGUGGUGGAAGUGAUUAAUAAAACAGCACAGAUGCUACCUGUGCUCUUACUUUGAAAGCAAUACAAGCCUUUGCCAAUAACGAGACACGCUUCA